AUGGACGCCCCAAAACCAAAUCGUGAUGUCGGUCCUACGCUGAAGACACGCUCCGAUGACCCAAAGACAGAGCCUGAAGAAACGGCUUCCUCCCGUGUCCAAGUGUUCGUUCUCCCUGCCGAUGGAACCUCCCCCCGUACAGAGUUCCUUCCAACCAUCGAUACGAUUACAAAUGUGUACUCGUUCCCCCCUACAGAGUUCCGGCCUGUCAUCAACCCGUCUAGCGAAACGUCCUCGGGCCCCGCUGGACGCGACGACACAACUCAAGCAAAUGCGAAUGACCACGUGGUGACCAGCUCCCAACUCACGCUACCUGACCCUUGUCACGGACACUGGCCCGCGGACGCCUGGGAAAAACGAGGCGUAUUCGGAGGAGGUUUCUUCCACUUCUUAGUCACGCUUCUGGAGGAAGGGUUGCAUCCCAAUCCGUGGACGAAGGGGAUAUUCUUCGGCGAUGUCUUUGUCCUGGUUUUUUUCGGCACCACGGGUUCACCGGUACUUAAGGACAUUUUCCCCAAGGCCGAGGCCACGCCAGAGCUAGAGUCGGCCCUUUUGCAGCUUGUCACUGCCUCCUUUCAGGUUUGA